AUGGAUAGUGACUAUGCUGAUGAUCUGGCAGUGAUGGACAGUACUGAAGAGGGGCUGCAGGAGUCCACUGAUCUUAUCGCUUAUUACACUUCUUAUGCUGGGUUAAAGAUCAACGCUAAAAAGACACAAUGCAUGGCGAUCAGCAAGUGUGCGUCCCAGCGACCUUACACCGACAGAGACAGUAUAAAGCUAACAGUGGAGGGAGAACCUGUUGAACAGGUCGGUAACUUUGUUUAUCUUGGUGCCAACAUCAGUGGGGAUAGAACCAUUGACCAAGAUCUUGACAUUAGGAUCCAGCGUGCUAAUGGUGCGUUCCAUCAGCUUUGA